CCUACUUCCCCUCCUUUCCUUCCCCCAGUCAGUGCAAUUGUCGCUGUUGAGCCGUGCUCUUCCUCCCCUUCGCUUUCUUCAUCCCAACUUCAACAGGCCGCCGGGCGACCUUUCCUUUCGCUGUCCUUCAUCCACCUUCAGAGUCCUUUCAAGUUUCGCUUUGACAGCAUUACCUUCAUUAUGAUUCGCAUCACUGCCCUUGCUCUUCUUGCAGUCCUCGUCGCUCAGGUCCUCGCGAGCCCUAUUGCGUCCCCGCAGCCUGUAGCCGCUGUGGAGGGCCGCUCGCCUAAUUUUGAGCUCCUCGUCGCAUACGCCAAGCGCCAGGACAACAUCAACACUAUCCCCGCCGAAGCAGCCACCAAGGCACCUAACGGUGUCCUCGAACUUUACGGCAAUGGCAACAAAGUCAAGCGCCAGGAUAGCAAUAUCAACACUAUUCCCGAAGAGUCUCCCACCAAGGCUCCGGAAGGUGUCAUUGAGUUGUACGGUAACGGCAACAAAGUGAAGCGCCAGGACAGUAACAUCAACACUAUCCCAGCCGAGGCAGCCACUAAGGCUCCCGAUGGCGUUCUCGAGUUGUACGGCAAUGGCAACAAGAAGGCCAAGCGUCAGGACAGUAACAUCAACACCAUCCCCGCCGAGGCUGCCACGAAGGCGCCCGACGGCGUCCUCGAGCUUUACGGUAACGGCAACAAGGUCAAGCGCCAGGACAACAACAUUAACACUAUCCCCGCUGAGGCUGCCACCAAAGCCCCGAACGGUGUUUUGGAGUUAUACGGCAACGGCAACAAGGUUAAGCGUCAGGACAGCAACAUUAACACCAUCCCUGCUGAGGCAGCCACCAAGGCUCCUGACGGUGUCCUCGAGCUCUACGGUAAUGGCAACAAGAAAGUGAAGCGUCAAGACAGCAACAUUAACACCAUUCCCGCUGAGGCAGCCACGAAGGCACCUAACGGUGUCCUCGAGCUCUACGGCAACGGGAACUAAUAAUUGGUUGUUACCAUUUUGAUGCUCCCCCAAAUUUUCGUUCCCUCGUUCCGGUACGACUGUCGACUUCAUCGUGUGGAAAAUGUUUCGAUUUGACAUGAUUUUCUCAGUUGCAUGGUGUUCGUUUAGAAGGUGUCUGUUUACGUUGUUGCUUCGAUCAUAAUUGAAAUGUGUGCUGGAGGGAGGACACUGGCUUGCGGUCCUGUACUUUCAUUUCCUUCUUUUUUCUUUGUCAUUUUGUAGCACGUAUGCUUCAUACCUCUUUUCUUCCAACCCGCUACCCAUGCCGCUCUUCAGCACAACGUUGACACAUUGACUGCAUUUUUAUUUCCGUUCUCUCAAGUGUGAUUACGAAUACUGGACAGUAAGAUGCAAAUCCAAUUUUUAAA